UUUAAAAGUUUGAAUUUUCAAGCAUGGUGGAUGGCUUUAAUGGGGUUGGUUUGCAUUGAAACGAAGGUGGGUGAGAUAAAGUUGGUUCCUUUUUUUGGUUCAGGAUUUUGGGUUUUGCUCCACUUCCACUGAAGGGGAUAAGGGAUGAAUGAUCAUUUGGUGUUUAAGUGUUGCUGUAUCUGCUUCUAGUACUACAUAUGUUUCGGAGACUGAGAUGGUUUGUAGGUUUGAAUCAAAGGAAUUGUUCAACCAAAAGGUUGGUCAAUGUUGAACAACCUGGCCCUGCAAGUGCAAGGCCAAGCCUUUUGCAUGGGCUUGAUGCUUUUCACGAGGUUGCAAUUUAUAUUCAUAGGUUUCAUAAUCUCGACCUUUUCGAACAAGGAUGGUACAAAAUCAAGGUUACCAUGAGAUGGGAGGAGGGUGAAAACUCCUAUCCUGGAAUUCCAGCACGGGUUGUUCAGUAUGAAGCUCCUGAAGUGGGCUCUGACAAUCUAUGUAGAGUUUGGAUGAUUGAUGAUACAGACAAUAGUUUCUCAACACCGCCAUUCCAUAUUAAAUAUGCAAGGCAGGAUGUAUUUCUUUCAAUCAUGAUCUCAUUCUACCUGUCUUUUGGUGAAUGCCAGGGACAAUCCUCUGCUGUUAUCUUGAAGUUUGAACUCAUGUACGCUCAAAUGACUGAAACUGGAUCUGAGUUACAAGGUUCACUGGAUGCAUGCCCUGCUUCAGUUCAUGAAUAUAAAAUCCCUCCUAAAGCUCUGCUGGGAUUGCAUUCAUAUUGUCCUAUCCAUUUUGAUGCUUUGCAUGCUGUCCUUGUUGAUACAAGUGUUCACAUCAGUCUGCUAAAAGCUAGUUAUCGCACAUCUCGACAGAAGUUGAAUUGUACCAGUGAUUCCAGAGAUUCAGAAGGCACUUAUGUUGAAGAUUAUGUUGGGUCAAACAAGGUUAUGCUCAUCAAAGCAUUGAUGGAUGCCCAUGAUAUCCUGCUUGAAGAUUUGAGAAGAAUAAGCAAAGGCAUUGGCCAAACUAUUGAUUUGACUGAAAUUACUUUUGAAUCGGAUGUUACAAAAUGGUUUAACUCUACUCCACCAGCACAUGGGAAAAGUAUUGAUGAUGAACCGUCACUUCAACUGUUUGAUGGGCCACAAGUCAGUACCGAGAGAGCUUCUCAUUAUAUCAAUUAUCCUACUGAGGAAUCAUUUCAACCUUUUUCUUGGGAUGAUCAUCUGUUAAACUCUUUCCAGUCUAUGGGGAAUCAGCUCUCAUGUCUCUGGAAUAUAUUUUUGAAAUUUCACAGGGAAAAUAGAACAAAAAUACUGGAAUUUCUCCGUGAUUCCUGGGCUAGCAAUCAGAGAACUGAAUGGUCAAUAUGGAUGGUGUGCUCAAAGGUUGCGAUGCCUCAUCAAUAUAUGAGCAAUGAAGUUCAGGGGACAUCUUCGUACCGUGGCAUUCGUGGAAGUUCAUUAAGUAUGAGGAGGUUAACUGAUGAUCCUAUUCAAACUGCAGCAAUGCGUGCAGAACGUCAUAGGAGAGGUAUCGCACAAAUGAGGAUCAACAACCGGUCACUUCAAGACAUGUAUAUAUUUGGAGAUCCUUUGCUUGUUCCUAUUGUUGUUGUAGAACGCUUGACAAACGAAUACCGUUCUGCCAGUGUGAAUUCAAACGUCAUUCCUUUGGAGAAUAAUGCCGGGCAUAUCCUAAAAAAUGAAUCCAGAGCCACAAACAAGUUGUGUGGGAGUAGCCCGCAACAAAAUGAGCAUAUUUUGAGAGUAGCUGUUUUUGUUCACGGGUUUCAGGGAAAUCAUUUGGAUUUACGGCUUGUUCGGAACCAAUGGCUUUUAAUAGACCCCAAGAUACAGUUUCUAAUGUCAGAGGAAAAUGAAGACAAAACAUCUGGGGACUUCAGAGAAAUGGGAUUACGGCUUGCCCAGGAAGUCAUAUCUUUCUUGAAAAAGAAGAUGGAUAAAGCUUCAAGAAGUGGAAACUUGAAAGAUAUCAAGCUUAGCUUUGUUGGUCAUUCUAUGGGGAAUCUCAUUAUCAGAACAGCCUUAGCAGAGAGCAUCAUGGAGCCAUAUCUAAGAUACUUGCAAACCUAUGUUUCUAUAUCUGGUCCUCACUUGGGUUAUAUGUAUAGUUCGAACUCUCUAUUCAAUUCAGGGCUGUGGGUAUUGAAGAAGCUCAAGGGCACACAAUGCAUCCACCAGCUGACCUUUACAGAUGACCCUGAUCUUGAGAAUACUUUCAUCUACAAUCUUUCCAAGGUGAAGACACUGGCAAACUUCCGGAAUGUGCUUCUUUUGUCCUCACCUCAGGAUGGUUAUGUUCCAUACCAUUCUGCCAGGAUAGAACUGUGUCCAGCUGCUUCUUUGGAUUUUUCUAAAAGAGGGAAAAUCUUCCUGGAGAUGCUAAACAAUUGCUUGGACCAAAUCCGAACUGACUCUGACAAUCGUGUCGUCAUGCGCUGUGGCAUCAACUUCAACACCUCUUCCUAUGGCAGGAACUUAAACACACUUAUUGGACGGACAGCUCAUAUUGAGUUCUUGGAGUCUGACAUUUUUGCAAAGUUCAUAAUGUGGUCUUUCCCAGAACUGUUUAGAUAGUAAUGAAGGGAAUCCACAUGGAACUCAGGCAACAUUGUUGAUUUAGAAAAACACCGAGGUUGACACAAGACUUCCAGAACAGUGGAACAGAAAACAAGGCUUUUUGAUCAAAACAGUUCAGAGAUGCCAAAUUCAAGUGCAUUAAGGGUCAAGACUCCAUGACUUGGUAUUCUUCUGACACAAUCCUCCCGGUAUGACAAAAAUGGUGGAUCUUACCCCUCCUAAAAAUGUGGCCACAUUUUUAUUUUCACCGGGAUAGGGGAGGUUGGGGUAUACACUGAGUAGUUACAUACAUGAUGGGACCUUGGCCUUUGUAUAUUACUUUUUUCUAGUUAUUAUAUUUUUUUCUUUCCUCUUUGUUAUGGAUAGGGAUAUAGCCUUUUAGGCCAGUAGUGUCCACUGUGCUCUGUUAACUCGGGCAUUUAUGUUGUAACUUAUUAGUUGUUGUAAGUUUUGGGCACGAGAAAAUGUACCAUACCUGUUCAAGUUUAUAGAAAUUUUAUGUUCUAUAGGCAUAGGAACAUGGUGAAAAUGUUGUACACUAACUUUUGAUAUUCAAAGAAUUUUC